GCCUAAAGGGGUUUAAACAUCCUAGCCGCCCUGGUACAUGAAUUUAGCAAUUGCUACCUAAUGGCAACAUCGCAUAUUCAAAACUUUUAAAUACACUUGUUUCCCAACGGUUCUCAUCAUUCGACGCUCCGCUGCGUGCAAGCUGCUACAAGCUUUUAAUUUAUGUCAUCUAUUCGAGUUUUCUCGGACUGAUUUUAUCCUCCCAUCGACACUUAUCACCGAGUUGUUUUUACGCUUUGAACUUUUGAUUAUUAUUUUAAUUGUUCGAAAUGCCCCGCCUUCGAUUGGAUGCUGCUCCGUCAAACUUGAUGCUGGAAAACCGGAACACGAUGAAGCUCACAAAAUCAACAGUUGGUGUUGUGGCUCAAAAAGUGCAAGGUCCUAGUCUGCGCCCCAGAGCUGUCCUUAGUGAUUUAACAAAGGCCAAUGCAGUGUCGACAAAUCAAGUAAAGAAUGAACAGCCAGAAGAAAAGAUCAAGAAGCCAGCCAUUGGCAUUGCCUCCAGGAAGCCUCUGCAGAGCACAAAUGUUAAGAAAAUUGUUCCUACUGCAGCCCCCAAAGCUGUAUUGUGCACCAAAAAGGCUGAACCUGAGGCUUAUUCCACUAAGCAGCUGCCAAUUGAAGAUAUUGAUCUUGAAAGGGAUAACCCACAGCUGGUUUCCUAUUAUGCUAAGGAUAUUUAUUCAUACCUGCGUCAGCUGGAGAAAUCAUAUCUGAUUGGCGCGCAGUACAUGGAUGUUGAUGGUUACACGAUUCGGCCAACCAUGCGUACUAUCUUGGUCGAUUGGCUUAUUGACGUUCAUGGUCGCUUCAAGAUGCUUCAAGAAACGUUGUACCUGAGUAUUUCUGUGAUGGAUUCUUUCCUUCAGGUUGAUUCUACAAUCAACCGUCGUGAAUUGCAGCUAGUUGGAUUGACAGCUAUGUUAAUUGCGGCCAAAUUUGAAGAGACAUGGGCCCCCGAGAUCAACGAUUUCGUUUACAUGUCAGAUAAGGCUUAUACGUCAAAGGAUGUGCUUGCUAUGGAGUGUCGGAUGUUGCAGAAGUUGGAUUUCCGGUUGGGUCGUCCGCUUCCUCUUCACUUCUUGCGCCGCAAUACCCAAGCUGCAUCACAGAUUCUCGACCAGGUCGAUGUUUUGCACCAUACUCUUUCGAAAUAUCUAAUGGAGUUGACUUUGCCAGAGUAUUCUUUCUGCCAUUACUUACCUUCCCAGCUUGCCGCUGCUGCUCUUUGUCUCUCUCUUCGUAUCCUUGACGAGAGUGACACGGAGAGCAACGAAUUGUGGAACCACUCCAUGGUAUACUAUUCUGGGUACACCUAUGAGAGUUUAGAACCCCUUAUGGAGAAGUUGUGUGGCCUGAUCGCUGCCGCUGACGUCAGUAAAUUCCAGCAUAACUCGCUGGGUAUAAAAGCCAUCCGACCAGGUUCUAAAAUCACCAGUCCUCAUCCGACAACAACAACAACAACAACAAUCAUCAUCAUCAUGUCUUCUCUGCAAAUGUUCGUCCUCUUGGUUGUCGUUGUCUCCAUGGCUGCUGCCUACCCACAGAGUUAUGAGACUCCUUACAAAGCCCCAUCAGCGCCUGCUUACUCUGCUCCUGCCUACUCUCCUCCUGCCUACUCCGCUCCUUCCUACAAAGGUGCCGGAACCGCCAACGGCCGUGCUAAGAUUCAGGUCUACCGUGGUCCCACCAAAGAGGGAGGCAAAGGUUACGAUGGCUUCGCUCCUUGGGGAUUCUACGCCAACCAACCUGAAGAUAACAAGGCUCAUGAUGACAUAGCGGGAAAGAAACCAAUCAGAAUCGAAGAUCAAGAAGUAAGAGACGAAAAUGGUAGAAGACGGUUUCAUGGCGCCUUCACAGGUGGUUUUUCAGCUGGCUAUUACAAUACAGUUGAUACGAAAGAAGGAUGGAGGCCAGCUGAAUUCAAAUCCUCCCGCAGUGAUAGGCAAAAGAAAGAACAGAAACCACAAGAUUUCAUGGAUGAAGAAGAUCUUGGAGCCUUUGGUAUUGCACCUCAAGUUCUACGUGCAAAAGAAGAUUUUGGAGAGGGUCAUGUUUCCCGCAAACGACUGAGGCCUGUUUUUGCAACUGCUGGAGCUAUUCCAGGUUUGCCAGCUUUGCAUAAUUUGCUCCAUCCAGUUAAAGAAACAAUUGGAAUUAAGCUUUUACGAUCCAUGGGAUGGAAACCAAACCAAGGUGUAGGAGAGAGAUUGACAAAGAAGGAAAAAAAGGAAAGGAGAAAAAAAUAUGAAGAGACUAGAAAAUAUGGUUGUGAUUUGCCUUCUGGAUUGCAACAGAGAGAAAUAAGGCAGCAGACUAGUGAUGGAGAAGAAACGGGAGACGAGUCCGACGAUCAGUUAUAUGCCCCAGACGACGUACCUGCGUUUGUAGUAAAACCGAAAAGCAACUUGUUUGGUCUUGGCUACACGGGAUUAAUGCCGCAUCAUGUUACUGCAUCUACAGCUCCCAAAAGCGGGUUUGUGCUUUUUGAACCCACCUUAAAAUUGACUGAUCGGAAAAAGAAACUUCAGAUAGCUGGUCAGGCUUUUGGUGUUGGAGCUUUUGAAAACGAAGAUGAGGAUAUUUACAGCAGAGAUGACAUGAGUCAAUAUGACUUUGAAUUGGGUGGUGCAAAACCCAAAAAGAAAAACUCUAACAUGUUGGCAUUACCAUGCUCUGAUGUCCUAGACGGUUUUGUUCGUGCAAAACAAAAUGAACCCGUUUUUAAACGUUACCCUCCUCCGGUUAUUCCCAAGGAUUUUGUGCCUAUUCAUCGUAGCCUACACUCGCGAUUCGACGUGAAACCUAUGACCCAGGCUGAAUUGAGCGGAUUGGGUCGGCAUGAUCUCAACGCCAAUCAGAGAGCCGCGAUUCUUAACGAAGUUUUGAGCAUGCCACCCGAGACUGCACAAGCACCUGCACCACCAGAAACCGUUUCGGCCCCACUGACUCCUGCGGAAGUCGUUGCACAAGCAUUGAUUCAAAUUAAGAAGAAUAUCGCUGCACAGCAAGAGAAGUCGGGUCAAAUUGUACAAGAUGAAGAACAAAAAGUUAAGCUGGAGAAAACUACAGCCGUUUCGUUAGUGAUUGACCCUGACAGAGAGGCAAAAGUUGCGAAGCUCAAGUCAUUCGUUGAAAGUUCGAGGACAAUUUCGUCUUUUCAGCCGUUUGCAAGAGAUCUAGACAAGCAAUAUAGGUUUGAGGCUUUCUGUAUUCUUUCCAAGAGUAACAGGCUUGCAGAAUUCCAUUUACUUCAGCCUGGAAACAUGACUGCAUGGGAGCGUGAACGUGAAGAGGUCGAGUUUGAUAGGUCCUUGACGCUUUAUCGGCCAUUGACUGCUACAAUGCAAAAUCGUUUCACAUCUGGAGGCCAUGUCGAGGAAAACAUUCAAGGUGGACUUGUUGCGCAAAUUGAAUCCUUUUUACCACAAGAAACGCCGCAACCUAAAAAGAUUCCGGUCGUAAAAGAUCCAGCUAAGCAGGCAGCCCUCCGAAAGCUUUUUGGACAACUCACUCGGAAGCAAAGUCAAUGGAAGCCCGACCGUUUACUGUGCAUUCGCUUUAAUGUUCCAAAUCCCUUUCCAAGUGCCGGAGAUGCCCAAGAUUCAGCGAAAUUUGUUGCCAAAGGCACGUCUGGAUCAAAAUUUUCCAUUUUUGAUGUGUUGAACGCAGUUCCACAAGCUGGUCCUUCAUUUAUGUCGUCGGGCUACGAUAAUGUUCCAUCCGGCCCUGUACAGGGCCCAGAAAUCAAAGUCCAGGAACUCGAAUGGGAUAAAGCUGAAAGAGGUGAAUUACAAGAAAAGGCUGAACCAGACCUUGUUCCAGAAGUAGGCCCAUCUGAAGAAAUAAAGGAAGAGGUGACAGAGGAAGUGCCAUACGAACGUCCUCCAAUGGAUGUCUUUAGAGCAAUUUUCGCUGACACCGAUUCGGAGGAAGAAGAAGAAGAAGAAGAAAACAAAGAGGAGGAGGAUAAAAAAGUCGAAGAAGCGAAAAACAACCGAACACGCGAACAACCAAAGCCUCCAAUUGUAGAAGAAAUGGAUGAUGAUGCCUAUGGGCCUCGAUUACCAGCUUCCGGUAGUAUCGGUAAUAAAGUGGCAGUAGUUAACUUAACUGCCAUUCAAGACGCCAGUAACCAAGUAGAAUGGGUAGAACGCGACAAGGCCAAGAAAAAGAAAGAACACAAGAAAGACAAAAAGAAAAAGGAUAAAAAGAAGAAAGAUAAAAAGAACAAGAAGAGAAAAAGACGCCAUUCCGACGUCGGUUCAAGUAGCAGUGAUGAAGAAGUGGAUGAUAUGAAAAUAUUGAAGAAGAUUAUCCUGGACAUCCACACAAGAGGCAGCAGCGUCGGAGCCUGCCCAGGAGGCUUAGUACUUUGGCCAGUUUGCUACCAUGAUCCAGCACCUCAGCCAACUUUUUAUUUUCAUCCAAUCUUCCGGGAAUGCGAUACUGCUGGCUGGCAUUCCUGGCUUGUCUUCGACGGAGCAUCUCCUUGUACAGAUGUUGUCGAAGACGAGGCUGUGCUGAAAACGGAAGUGAUAAAGCCAGGAGGUAAUCACUACGAUGACCAGCGUGAUGAUGCUAAAUGUUGUUCAACAUGGAUUCCAGCUGACGAUGCUUGUUCGCCAGCUUUAGUGACAUCGGACAACCAGCCUCUUUUCUUUCGUCGAAGCAAUCCGCUACUUGUAAUUGCGUUGAUGCAUUCCGUUUUCAAACUGUCCAUCUUCUUUUGGCAUCCUCCGUUGAUCGAUGCCAUUGUUGUCCGACAUCGGUCCAUUUCAACUUUGACGUUGUUGAGAGUUGAAUUGAAAGACUCGGAUGUCUGCUUCAGCGUGUUAUCCAGAGCAUUAAUCGCCUGCUGGACCGAUUCAGCCAAUUCGUUCCGAUGCGACAGUUGUUUGAUUAAACGCUGCUUCGCCGAAACAAAUCAACGACUGAGUCGUCUGUUUGAAAUUGUAAUUCAAAUUGGCUGCUGGUCCAGCUAGCAGCAUGCUCAUCAAUAAGGCAACUAGCCACGAUUUGCCUAAUUUCGUACCUAACGUGGGAACGAGAAGGGAUACGAUGCAUCGAACUGCUUGAAACAGUGCCAAUAAAAUCGAAAUGAGAACAACAAUGCUUCCUGCAAUCACUCCAGCCAUCCAAUCCUUGAUGUCGUGGCGAUAGUGGAGCUCCAGAAAGAUUACAGCUCCGACUAAAAUGGAUAGAAUGAACAGUUUGAAUACGUGACAGGUGAUUGUCUGCGUCGUUAUGUGGUCCAUUUUUUCGGGCUGGCUUCCAUAUGCUUCCAGCACGGAAGGCGUCAGCUGUCCAAAACCCUGUCCUUCGUUUUCUUCCAAUGCUGAUUUAUCAUUGUGUAGGAUCCAAACUUCCGCUUUGGUUAGAACUUUCACUUGAGGUGCCGUGGUGCUAACUUGAACUGUGUGUGCCAUGAUUGCCCUUCGACACGACACUCGGCUCUCGUCCGUUACGCUCGGUUUCAUCUAUAGGUACUGGCAGCCUGACAGAAACCCUUGCUCUUGUAUAUGAAUCUACGCAGUUUUCAAGUUUCCUUCCGCUUUGUGGUUUUGCGUAUUUCUUAAUUUCAUUCUCAUGGUGAAGCGUAGCAAAAAAAACAAACAAAGGACACAAUUACGAUUAGAAUAUCCCAAUGAUUUUCAUUGAUUGUUGGAUAUCGAAAAAAUCGUCAAUCGUGUCCAACUCUCCUUGUAAAAAGAUACGAAAUCUUGUCGUCCUGUUUGUGGUCAACGGGGGGGAGAUCAAGUUUUUCGUUUGUAACCCAUAAUUCCUUGAUGGUUUGGUUAGAUACUUUGCACAGAGUGUCUCAUGAUCCGUAGUCAACAGAUUAUACCAUUUGCUUUUUUAUGGACCGUUUUUGUUCCAUUUGUGGAACUUUUUCUUAUGGAAGUUUACCAAACAGGAAGUGGAAGAAGGCCACGAAGAAUUCACGCCAGCGCGCUGAACUGACGGUUGACCUUAACUUCUAUGGCCCCAAGACCAAAGACUUGGGAUAAUGUUUUAGCACCUGAUAAAAUCAAGAGUUGGUCGCACAAAAUCAACCUCAUUGGCAUUGAAAAUGUUUGGUUCAGAGGACAUUCUUUUAUUUUAGAAACAACGUCAGUGAAAGUGUUUUUAACUCAAUUUUUCUAUUCUGACAGCCGCGUUUAACGACAACAACAAAACAAAAUGGCAAUUUUUUUUACUUUACUCUCUUUUUUUUCUUCCAAUUUUUGUUACCCCGUGCAACUGAUAUUUUUAAUCAACGUGCCGAUAGGAUAUAGCUUCCGUUCCUGGUACGACUUUCACUCGAUAAUCUUAGCUAUCACAGAUCGCUGGAAACUGACGUCUCUGCGUUGACUCAUGCCAUUUAUUUACGCAUGUUACGUGAUCGCUGUGUUGUGGUUAUAGCCUUUGGAUCUUUGGAUUUGUCUUUUUUUGGUUCUCCGUUCCAAACUAGAAUCGAGAUUGUACCACUUUGGAACUAUUUCUAAAUUGGAGAAACCCCAUUUACCAAAUGAAGAUGGCUGUGCGUGUGUUGACAUAGCAGUCGGGAAAAGGGAAAUUUCUUUUUCCCACCUAAUUACGAAUUCACGCACCUUUCAUUUCUUUAAUUUCUGAGGUCCUUGGGUAUGCCUUGAGAAUCCAAGGAUAAUAUAGUUUUGUUUUCGGAGAUGGUGUCAAGUUUUUUAAUGUAUGUGCGCAUAUUAACAUUCUCGAAAGGUGCGGUAUUGUUCAUAGUGAUAGACCACGGAAAUCAUAGUUGCCACUUCAGGUUUUUAUUUUGAGAACGAGAAAAAAAAGAAGAAGGCCGA